CAGCCGCAACCAGAUAUGUUUAUUGCAGAACCUGAGUGAUACGCACGACUGGUUUGAAAAUUACUGAAGGAAACAUUCGCUUUUUAUUGUCUUUACCAUUGACCAAAUCUUGAUGGCUGUUUGAUCGCAAAUAAAACGUUUCGUUGCAACAUCAGAUGUGUUCUCUUUGACGCGACAAGCGGAUAUUUUACACUUCCCCGCAGUCGGAGAGAAGACGAGGCGCUCAAAAUGAAGUACAAAAACCUGAUGGCCAAGGCGUUGUACGACAACGUCCCCGAGUCCCCGGAGGAGCUGGCCUUCCGGAAGGGGGACAUCCUAACGAUCAUCGAGCAGAACACGGGCGGCCUGGAGGGGUGGUGGCUCUGCUCGCUGCACGGACGCCAGGGCAUCGCCCCGGGCAACCGCCUCAAGCUGCUGAUUGGUGCAAUGUUCGACGCCCAGUCCCCUGUCGCCCAAUCAUCACCUACGGGCUCGGCCUACCAGCAGAAGGUUGUGUCGUCGUCCCAGGGGCUAUAUCAGGUGCCCCCCUCCGUCCAGAGCCCUGGACAGCAGGGGAUCUACCAGGUACCCACGGGACAGGAUGUGUACCAGGUCCCCCCUCAGAGGAAUGCCCUGGCUGCAGACAACACCACCAGCAAGGUGGUCACCCCAACAGGAGUGGGACAGUCCUAUGCCUACAGCGCUGGUCAGCACAACCAACAGGACCUCUAUGACGUUCCUCCCAUGAGACCACAGGGGGUGUAUGACAUUCCUCCUGGGAAACUGAUGGGGUCACACUCUCCCGGACAACAUGGGAAUUCUCGCCCCCAAGAGGGAGUCUAUGAUAUUCCUCCUGGGAAACUGAUGGGGUCACCCUAUCCCGGACAACAUGGGAAUGCUCGCCCCCAAGUGGGAGUCCAUGAUAUUCCUCCAUCCACUCAAAUGGACCCCCGGACACAAGGGGUGUACUCUGUGCCUCCCUGCUUGAACACCCCAGUCCUCCAGGAGGGGAACUACGAUUUUCCCCAGCCUCUCAAACAACACAAACAACAGGAGGGCAUCUAUGACGUACCCCCUCCCACCUUCACCAAACCCUCAGCCUCCCUGUCCCCCCAGUCCAACUACGACUUCCCCCCCAGUUCCCAGCAAAUCGGCCCCCACCACCUCCAACGCCCCGUCACCAAUGACAACGAGGGAAUCUACGACGUGCCGCCCCCCGCCCACCAGCUCUCUGGGGCGGGGCCUCGGGGGGACCUGUAUGACAUCCCCAGGGGGAUGCAGCAGCCCCCCUCCCAGCACCGCUCCACCCCCCAGGAGAGGGACAGGGGGAAGGGCCAGUCCACCCCCCAGGAGAGGGACAGGGGGAAGGGCCAGGGCAUAUAUGACAUCCCCCCUGCUCUGGGGGACGUGACGGACGGGGUGAAUCGCCUGUCCUUCUCCAGUACGGGCUCCACACACAGCUCCAUGUCCACCACCUCCACCUCCACGGUCUCCAGCGCUGAGGGCCGACCGGCCCUGGAUGUGGACCAGGCCGUCCAGAGGCUGUGCCGCCAGCAGCAGGCUGUAGAGGCCUCGGUCGGGGCCCUGCAGAGCCUGGCCUCUUCGCCCCACUGGAGGACUUACCCCUUCAUGGAGCGCCAUAGCAACGAGUUGCGCACCGUGCUGGACCGGGUGCGGGCGGCCCUGGCAGACUUCGUGGUGUUCGGGAGGGGUGCUGCGGCCAACGCCACUGCCCUGUCGGACCCCAGUCUGCACAGUAAGCUGAGGAGGCAGCUGGGGAGGCUGGAGGACUCCCAGCAGAUCAUCCUGCAGACCUACCAAAGCCUGGAGAACUGCGGCUGGGCCCUCAACGCCCUGACCAUCUCCAGCGCCUCCAAGCACCAGAUCAAGAAUGACGACCUGGAUCGCUUUGUCAUGGUGUCCAGGACGGUGCCCAACGACGCCAAACAGCUGGCCUCCUCCGUGGGGGGUAACGCUGAGCUGCUUUUCAGACGGGCACCCACCACGAACGGGUCCUCCUACCGCAAGGGUGGCACGCCCGAGGAGGCCGUUAUCCACCCUCAGACUUCUCCACCCUCAGACAGGGAUAACUACAGGGGCCACAACCAAGACAAAGGCAACAUGAACAAUAGUGAGAAGUGUGUGAAGAGCUGGAUGGAGGACUAUGACUACGUCCAUCUGCAGGGAAAAGAGGACUUUGAGCGUCAGCAGAAAGUGCUUCUGGAGAAAGAGAACAUAAUUAAACAGAGCAAGGUGCAGCUGGGACAGGAACAGAUUAACCAGUUCAAGCAGUUGGAGCAAGAGGUGAUCAAACCGGUGGAGAACGACAUCACACAGUGGAUCUCCCACCAGCACCCGACAGGCCCCUCCUCCUCCUCCCCAUCAGACUCCUCCUCCUCUGCCUCCCCCUCCCUGACAGGAGGCGGGGCCCGUCAGAUGCUGUGUGGGCGGGACCGUCAGUUGCUGGGCUUCUACGCGGAGCAGUGCCAGCAGCACUUUGUCACGCUGCUCAACGCCGUGGACGCUUUCUUUGGCUGCGUGGGCACCGGCCAGCCACCCCGCAUCUUUGUGGCACACAGCAAGUUUGUCAUUCUCAGCGCCCACAAACUGGUGUUCAUCGGGGACACCCUGUCCAGGCAAGUAGCCACGCCCGAGGUGGCCAACCGGGUGAUGAACUCUAGCAAUGUGCUUUGCGACCUGCUGAAGACUGUGGUGGGAGCCACUAAGACGGCCGCGCUGCACUACCCCAACACAGCCGCCGUUCAGGACAUGGUGGACAGAGUCACGGAUCUCUCACACCACGCUCAACAGUUCAAUGAACAGCUGCUGCAGAUGGCUGCUUUGUGAUAGUUUGUGUUGUCACUACCUGGUCCCGCCUAUUUCACCAUAGCAACCUAUGUGUAUAUACCGUAUAUAUCUAUAUAUAUAUAUAUAUAUAUAUAUAUAUUGCUAGUUGUUAAUCUUAAGAGUUUUUUUGGGGGCUGUUCUGUAAAUAUUUGGCUCAAUUUUUGUGUAGAUUGUUUUAUAUAAUUAAUUAUGAUAUAUAGAUAUGAUAUCUGUGGCUUUUUAGGGUGACUUGGACAUAUUUUCGUUACAUUCCCGUUUCAUAUAUUAUAAAGCACCUUAUGAUGAUGACAUGUCCUUUUUUUUUUCACCUGUAGAUUAUUGACGCACCCUACUGCUGGAAAUGAUGUCAGUACUUUGUGUAAAUCGUUUGAUGUCGCACUCUUUUAUUGAAAGGGUAGGGCUCUCAACAGACAAAGUAAAGGACUGUUCUUACCCAUAUGACUGUGUUAUAAAGUUUGUUAACUGCUAAGAAGACUAGUGGGCGCCACUUUAUUUUCAGACAGUGCACAUGACAUGACAUAAACAAGCCUUGUUAAACAUCACCUAUGUUAUUGCACACACACACACAACAGGUGGACAUGUUUGCCUGGAUAGCAGUAACUAGAGACCUGAAUGGCUGACCUGGUACACAAUAUUGGCAACAACACUAAAGCUCACAGCCAAAACCUGGUAUUUAUCUUUCACAUUCACCCAGAGCUCGGUGUGGUUACUUGAAAUAAAUGAAAUGGAUAUUACAUGA